AUGGCUUGUGCGCAUGCGCAGUGCUGGUGUCGUCGUCAUCCACUCAGUCUCGCGCGCCUUCUGGAUUGUCUGCUUCUGUACCGGCGAGCUCCUUCAACCCCACCCGACCCGAGAGCCCUUGUAUCCCGGGAGCCUGCACUGCGAGGUCCUGCCUCCAGUCCAUAUUCCAUUCUUCCUCCUCCAUCGACAUGCCUCCGCCAGUGGGGGGGCCUGCAGGUUACACCCCCCCCGAGGGGGGCUGGGGCUGGGCCGUGGUCGUGGGGGCGUUCAUCUCCAUCGGCUUCUCCUACGCCUUCCCCAAAUCGAUAACGGUAUUCUUCAAAGACAUCGAGGUGAUCUUCAACGCCACCCCCAGCCAAGUGUCCUGGAUCUCGUCCAUCAUGUUGGCUGUCAUGUAUGCAGGAGGUCCAAUCAGCAGCAUCAUGGUGAACAGAUUCGGCAGCCGACCAAUCAUCCUGCUGGGGGGCUGCCUGGCAGGGUCGGGACUGGUCGCCGCCUCCUUCUGCAACACGGUGGCGCAGCUCUACUUCUUCAUCGGGGUGGUCGGAGGAUUAGGACUGGCGUUUAACCUGAACCCAGCCCUCACGAUGAUCGGCAAGUACUUCUACAAGCGGCGGCCCAUCGCCAACGGCAUCGCCAUGGCCGGCAGCCCCGUCUUCCUGUCCACGCUGGCCCCGCUCAACUCGUGGCUGUACGACGAGUACGGCUGGAGGGGCAGCUUCCUCAUCCUCGGGGGGCUUCUGCUCAACUGCUGCGUGGCCGCCUCGCUCAUGCGCCCCAUCGGACCCAAGCCGCGGCCCCCCGAGCCCGACGGCGGGGGGGCUGAGGCGGCGCGGCCCAAGAAGACUGCGCUGCAGACCGUCAACUCCUUCAUCGACUUGACGCUGUUCAAGCACCGCGGCUUUCUGCUCUACCUGAUGGGCAACGUCAUCAUGUUCUUCGGCCUCUUCGCGCCACUCGUCUUCCUGUCCAAUUUCGCCAAGAGCAAAGAUAUCAGCAAGGAAAAGGCAGCGUUCCUGCUCUCCGUGCUGGCGUUCGUCGACAUGUUCGCUCGGCCCUCCAUGGGCCUGCUGGCCAACACCAAGUGGGUCCGACCCCGGGUGCAGUACUUCUUCGCCGCCGCCGUCCUCUACAACGGCGUGUGCCACGUCAUGGCGCCGCUCUCCAGCGACUACACGGGAUUCGUGGUUUACGCCAUCUUCUUCGGCUUCGCCUUCGGCUGGCUGAGCUCGGUGCUCUUCGAGACUCUGAUGGACCUGGUGGGGGCGCAGAGGUUCUCGUCCGCCGUGGGCCUGGUCACCAUCGUGGAGUGCGGCCCCGUCUUGCUCGGCCCCCCGCUAACAGGAAGCUUCUACAACUACUACCAACAUUACAACUACACGUACAUCUCGUCCGGCGUCAUCCUCAUCGUGGCCAGCCUCUUCCUCUUUGCGGGAAUGGGCGUCAACUACAGACUGGUGGCGCGAGAGAAGAAGGACGAGGAGAAACGAGAGCGGCAGGAGGCCAAGGACGAGCGCGCCGCCAUGCUGGCCCCCGCCUCGCCCUCAAAGGCUCCCGCCGAGGAGGAGAACGCCCACGCCGCGCCUGACGCAGCACCUGAUGCCAGUAAAAUGGAGGAGGAUUCAAAGAUGGAUGAGAACACGGUAUAGGAGCACAACAGACUCUGGAAGACAGAUACACACUUAGCACAAACAUACACUUUUACUUAUAGACCCGCACCGCACUCACAUCUCUUUUUUUUUUUUUUUUUUUUUUUUUUUUUCUUCUUUAUUGAUGUGCCUGCGGCGGGGAACAAAAGUUGUUGAGGAGCACAUGCACAGAAUAUUAACAGUAGUUUUACUCUCAGGGUCUCCAGCUCCCAUCAUGCUCCGAGAGAGGGAGAGAAAGUGUGUGUGUGUGUGUGUGUGUGUGUGUGUGUGUGUGUGCGCGAGAGUGUGUGUGAGCUUCAACCGAACAAGAUGACCUGACACGCUCGCACACAGUGGUCUUAUUGGGGUGGUAUUUCUAUGGCAGACGUCAGUAUUUGAACUUGUGAAUCAUGCGAAGCUACACACGCGGCCGUGAACAAAUAUUGGAGCUCAGUGGAUACAAACAACCUGAUUCGAAAGAGUCCGUGUGUGCGUGCGUGUGUGUGUGUGUGUGUGUGUGUGAGAGAGUGUAGUGUGUGCGAGUGUGUGUGGUUUUUACAUUUCACAACAGAAUGUGUCGAAUCCGUCACAGCUUCUUUUACCAGCAGCAGAAGUGUUUUUGUUUUGUUUUUUUAACGGUAGGACAAGCCUAUUGGUUUCCAAACGGUUAAGGAUGGAUUAUUAAACUUGUGCCAAUAAACUCGUGGAUUCAAAUCAUCAGUCAUGCAAAAGCCAGCAAGGGAAGGAAUUUCCCCUCAAGCAAAUCCUGAAUAUAUUAUUCAUCGUUUAUUCUAGAUUAUUGUCGUAUUCACCACGUUAUACUUGUGAAUCAUAAUAACUUUGGUCCUACAUUUUUUGGAGUCAACAAAAUCAAUAUUUUCUGACCAAUUAAGUGAAAUCGGACAAGUGAAUUUUAAUGAUGACCUCAAUGGUUGGGAAUCACUGCAUUAGUGCAUUUUGUGGUCCAACAUCAUUCUCUCGUGGACAAACACAGUUGUCUACCCAUUUAUUAUGACAUUCCAAUUUAAUGGCGUACAUUAUCAGCACAAUUUUCGAUACUGCCCUGCCGGAUUGUAACACAAAACGAAAGCCUUUCGCGGUGAAAAGAGGCUCUUUGAUGCGAACAAAAUGUAUCGGUUGUUGUUUUGUGUUUGUUUGUUUGUUUGUUUGCAUCUGAGUUUUACAUUCUGUACUUAGGAAAAAUUACACCUUUUUAAAUGAAGAACUGUUUCUGGAAGAAAAAAAAAACAGGCUGUUUUGGUUUUCAAGACUCAUACUAAUUACUGUAACUGUGAUAUUUUUAUGAUGGCAGAGUGAAGGAAUUAAAGGUUUUUUUAAAA